UAUAGCUGAGAAGACUGGCUCAACAUACGCCUUCCCCUUUUCAGGUUGGAGCCAAGAGAAAGUCUUGUUCUACCUCCUUGGUACAAAGUUCCAGGCACCAACUGACACUGACUUAGAAAAUAACUCACAACAGACAAAACCUGUUAGCUCCAUGACCUGGGGAAAUUGCUCAGUGUUGAUGGAGUUUGUGUUCCUGGCCUAUCCUUCCCAUCCUGGGCCGCGCGUCUUGUCCUUCCUGGGAGUCAGCCUGGUUUAUGCAUUGAUCAUCGGUGGGAAUGUCCUCAUUGUGGUGGCCAUCCAGAUAGAAGCCCACCUGCACACGCCCAUGUACUAUUUCCUGGGCAGCCUCUCAGGGAUAGAAAUAUGCUACACCGCUGUGGUGGUGCCUCACAUUCUGGCCAACAUCCUACAGUCGGAGCGGAAUAUCACCCUCCUGGGCUGCGCCACUCAGAUGAUUUUCUUCAUUGGGCUUGGCAGUGCCGAUUGCUUCCUCUUGGCUGUGAUGGCUUAUGACCGGUAUGUUGCCAUUUGCCACCCCUUGCAGUACCCUCUCAUUAUAACUUUAACUCUCUGUGUUUACUCGGUUGUGGCUUCUGUGGUCAUAGGCCUGUUUCUGUCCUUACAACUGGUGGCCUUCAUCUUCUCUCUGCCAUUCUGCCAGACUCGGGGUAUCGAGCACUUCUUUUGUGAUAUACCGCCAGUGAUGCAUCUUGUCUGUGCCAAAAGCCACAUCCAUGAGCAUUCAGUGCUGGUGGCAGCCACACUAGCCAUUGCCGUGCCUUUCCUCCUCAUUGCCACCUCCUAUACCUUCAUCGUGGCUGCUGUGCUCAAGAUCCAUUCAACAGCCGGCCGCCACCGGGCCUUCUCCACCUGCUCCUCCCACCUCACUGUGGUCCUGCUGCAGUAUGGCUGUUGCGCCUUCAUGUACCUACGCCCCAGCUCCAGCUACCACCCCAAGCAGGAUCAGUUCAUCUCAUUGGUAUAUACAUUGGGAACUCCACUGCUCAAUCCAUUUAUCUAUACCCUAAGGAACAGUGAGAUGAAGGCAACCAUACAGAGAGUUCUCACCAGAAAUUGUCUCUCCCAGAAAAACUAAGGGACGGUACAACCUAUCAGGCAAGGGUUUGGCUCCAACCCAUACAAAGUUCCAUGCAACUGGGAUUUCUCUCAGAUGAUGUUAAAACUGGUCUUUUUAAAUGGUAUAUAUUGUUCAGAUACCGUUUAGCUAUGUGUACCAGAGACCUUUACAAUGUUUCUCCCAUUGUAGUAGACUCAGUAAUUUGUCUUCUAUAAAAAAAUUAACAAGUGAGCAUAACAUAAUAGAAAGUGACAAGUAUAAGACGGCAUCUCAGGUACCAGCUAGAGGCAGAUAUGCCAUUCAGUAGAUUUUAACUUUUAAAAUGUACUAAAGGGGUUGGUUAUACACAGCAAUAUGAGUGAGGGAACAGUUAAGGUUUGGCAACAUUCUUACAUACUGGCAAUAAUAGGAACUGGCAAUAAUAGCCCUCACAGGCAAAAAGAAGGUACAGUAUUAUCAGAGACCAGUGAAACUAGAUCUAUCAAAAGAAAACACUUGGGCCCUGGCUGGUGUGGCACAGUGGAUUGAGUGCCAGCUUGUGAACCAAAGGGUCACCAGUUCGAUUCCCAGUCAGGGCACAUGCCUGGGUUGCAGGCCAG